CAAGGCGAUAUUGAUGCCAGAUGGCCACAGUGAUGGCUGAAAUGUCAGAAGACUCGAAGAAAAAGAGGAAAGACUUUGAAAAUGCACUGACAAAUGAAUGGAUCCAAGAAGGAGUGUUUGAACGAUAUGAUGAGCCAGAUGAGUUAUUGAGAGUGAGGCGAGCCAUUCUUCAUUAUAUAUGCGAGGGCUUAGAUUACAAGACUGAAGACUUUUGCAAAAAAGUUAACAAAUUGAUCAAUAUAGAAGGUACUGACAUUCCACGUCACCCAGAUGUUUAUAAGUUUGAAGGGGAUGAAGAGGACCAGGACAGGACAGAUGGCAGGAAUAGAAGAUCAGAGAUAGAAAUGGAAAUUGCUGUUCCUCAUGGCACCAAUAACUGCUUAGACACACAUGACAAUGAAACCAUGGAUAAGACACCACAAGUCAUGCCCGGCUCAGCCAAACAGACCAUGGAUCAGGACCAACAAGUCACGCCUGACUCAGCCAAACAGACCAUGGAUCAGGACCAACAAGUCAUGCCUGACUCAGCCAAACAGACCAUGGAUCAGGACCAACAAGUCACGCCAGACUCAGUGAAAGAGACAAUGGAUAAGACACCACAAGUCACCUGUACGAUAGAUAAAAUUGGAGAUACUCGCCUGGCAUUCUAUAUUGGUGUUGGAGAAUUUGAUAAGAGAGGCAUUGAUGGCAAAAGUGAUGGAACAGGGAAAAUCGAUGAAAAAAUGAGAAGGAAAAGUGAAGAACAUAUGGAUAGAAAAAAUGCAGAAUCAGCUUUUGCAGAACUAGGAUUUACUUUUAAAAGCAACAAAUCGUAUGGAUCAAGGAAAGAGGAAAUUGAUGAAUUCUUGGAAGAAGUAUUGAAAGAGGCAGAAGAAGCACAUAUCAUUGUUGUGGUGAUAGGCUCACACGGUGAGGAAGUAACAGAACAAAAUAAGGAGAGAAAUAUUCUUCGUCAUCGCAUCUUACUGGAAGACACAUUUUUUUAUACAGAUGAUCUUUUGAAAAUGUUUGAUGAGAGAAGAAAAUUAAAAGCCAUUCCUAAGCUUUUCUUUAUACAAGCAUGCCGCGGUGGAGUCAAUGCUUCAAAGGAUGAGAUUGUGGACAGGGGUGUACCAAUUUCUGUUGCACCUGACAGAAAUCCAGAAGCAGAAGAAAAUGACAUGGCCAACAGGAUUGAUGCUGUUAAAAUAAAUGAGGACAUUUCUGAUGCCAGAAUGAGACUGCCAAAAUCUAUAACAACUCAGCUACAAGGCAAUGAGGAUAAGGAACAUGAAAAAGGUGGCAUCAGACAAACAAAACUGGACAUUGAUACAACAACAGAGCCAAUUCCACAGCAGGAAAUCCAGUCCAUUAAUUGUAUUGAAGAAAGUUUGGUCAUGCAUGCUUCAGCAUCAGGGAGAGAAGCGUACCGAAAGGUAUCUGAAGGUGGAUGGUUGAUUACAGCAUUGUGUGAUGGACUAAAGCAAUGGAAACAGUCCAAUCAAGACCAAGACUUAUUACAGGUGCUGACUGGAGUUAUUGGUAAAAUAGCCAUUGAAAAAGAGACAAGGGACGGCUUUAAAUCUGCUGCAUGCUUUUCCCAUAUGUUGACCAAGGAUAUCUAUCUAUGA